GGAUUCCUCCCACCAAGAAGUGAGUCUUCCUAUUGUAAAAGGACCGAUGGUUUGUAUAUCAUACCGGAACAAAUAACAAUUUGUCGAAAAUUGCAUUUUUCCUAACUAUACAAACCUGAGGUCCUUUUACAUAUAGUCCCACCUCAUGCCACCCCUCACUCUGCGUUUUUUCCUGGGCCUAAAGCAAAAGUGAUUCUUCACCUCCCAGUCGCGCUGCGCGCGCACUGUCGGACAAGCAGUUAACUACCGAACUCCCUUGUUCAAAGCUUACGACCGUCCCAGCUGCCGCUAGUUACCUUCCUAUUGUAAAAUGUUAUUUUCGACAAAUUGUCAUUUUAUGAAUAACAUGUAGCCUAGCACUGAUACGUCUUUUUAACUUAAUUGUAAUGUUAAAUAAGAGGAGUAGCUACAAAUUUGUUUCAGUCAACUACGAGAAAUGAAUUACUAUAGAAUCAUGCAGUGGCAGCAGACACUUUUAUGUAAAAAAAAUCCUUAAUUGUUUUUCCUUAUAACUCGGCUCGUCAUAAAGAUACUGUCAGCAUUGUAUGAUUACCACCCCAAUAUUCUUGGCUGUAAAACAGUCUCGAGAAAGAAUGAUGAAAAACGAAUACUUCCUCAUGAAAAUGAAGUGAACAGAUGUUUUAUAAAUCAGGUGAUUUGUGUGAAUAAGUUGUAUUACGGUCCAGGAGAGAGGGAGACGGAACAACACACUCCACCCACCUCCCCCUCUCGCUCAAUUACAAUUUGUUAAUCAAGAUGCACCACUCUUGGGGUUCUGGCUUAAGUGAAUCCACCAUAAUAACAGCAUUGAUAUUGAUGCCAGUGACUAGCGAAUAAGGUAACAGCUUGAAGUAAAAAGAAGUUGUAUAACCAGAGCUUUCUCCUUUCUAAAUACAUUCAAUGCAAAAAUAACAUUUCCAUAAAUUGCAUUAAACAGAUGCCAAACCAAGUUACAGCAUAUUGUAUCUGGCUAAAAUGCACUUUAUAAAAAUUAAAAGUACAUAUAUACUGAUAUACUUACGUGUAAUAAAGUAACACGUGGCUUAGUAGCAGAGUAGGUGUGGUCCAAUAAAGUUAACAUCUUGCCGUAGUGAACAGCAAGAGAAGCAAUUUUCCUGCCACUGAGUCUGGCUGUUCCAUUCGCCACCCCGAAAAGGCAGAUUACGUUCAACAAUUAUAACAAUAUCCUAUUUUGAAUAUUAAUGGUGUAAUUUGCAUGCAGUAAAUUAUUAAAACACUUUUCAGUUGCAAACGUACACCCAGAUAUCCUUUUAUUUACCUGAAACUUACACAUAGCAUAACUGUUUGAUGGCCAGGACGCAGUGUUACCAUGUGCAAACACCACAGGUGGGUGGACAGAUGGAAAAAGCCGAGUAUAGUAUGUUGUAGUAUUGGAGGUACUGGAAAAUCAGAGAAGAAAUAUUGAGCACAAGAUGUAGCUAGGUAGGAGUGUGCAUGAUUUAUGUGUGCUUAAUGGACAGAGUGUAAUACAUAUAUGGGUAGUUUGUUAUCUGCUUUAUGCAGUUAUAGCUCCUAUCUAAGUACCUUGUUGAUCUUAACCCUGAGGCUAGCGUCCGCAGUGAAACAUUACCUCUUGCCAGAACAAACGAGCUUGCCAAGAAUAUUUAAAUAUGUGGAUAAGGCGCGAAGCGCCGUUCCGCCACGUUCUUAUUGACACCAUAUAUUAACAAACUUUUUUCCUUGAAAAUCGGUGGUCGCAGAUAUUUUUUUCCUUUGAAAAUUGGCGGUCUGCAGGUAUUUUUUUCCUUUGAAAAUCCGCGGUCCGUGGAUAUUUUUUUCCUUUAAAAAUCCGCGGUCCCCGGAUAUUCACUCGCUUCUAAUAUAUUACUGUUUGUGCAACAAAAUAUUUUUGUUCUGGAUGCAGUUUAACAUUUAGUAUAGGCUUUCAUACUUAGUAGUAUUCUCUGAUGAAAAAUCACUCACUUGAUCGUGAUUUUCAGAUGUCCCGUUAUGAUGGACUUGAAGAUCAAGUUGAGCACUGUUAAUACAGUGCGCAAAGACCCCAGAACUGAGACUCAUCCUUGCAUCGUAACAAUCACUGGGAAACACAAUCACAACCAGUCGGACGCAGCAUUACUGAAAGAACUGCACAUGCUCCCGGACACCAGAGAACAAUUUUUCAAGUACUUUCGUGCAGGAAUGACAGCACCACAGGCUUCCAGAUACCAUCAGGAAAAACUGCAUUCAACUUCAGUUAAUGUGGCAAAUCACUCCUUAAAUCCAGCACGGCGAGCUGUGGAACAUCUUUGGGAUGUAUGGCGGCAGGAAAGCCACAGCAUUGUUGGUAGGGAGAGUAUGAACACCCAAAUUGAAAAAUAUGCAGCUGACAAUCCAGGUACUAUAUUUGAAAUUCUGAAAGGAGACAACUUUAUUGUUUUAGUAAUAGACUUAAUGCUCAGAGUUCAGAAAAACAUAAGAAAGGCUUGUGAAGUGGUGUUUGUUGACACCAACGAACCAUGUCAACCAGAUGAAUAACUGCUGGGACUCCACUUCUCUGUGGGGGGCCUUGUGGGGCUCUUCCCUUAGGCCUACCAGCGCCAGCUGGAAAACCUAUAAAAAUCAUCUAAAAUUGUAGAGCAAGGAAUUGGUGGCAAUGGGGUUCAGUCAGCGGGAUGAGGAAGGUAGCAUCAGCUGGCCCUCAUUCACUCGUGAUGCUGUGAUGCAUCCAGCUUCUUCCCUUACCACCUUCUGGUUGGAUGUGCUACUGCCAUUCCUCCUAUAAGUCCGUGUUUUCCUCUCCUUGCUCGUGUUUCUUCUUGGUUUGAAUUCUGUUUUGUGAUAUACGUAGUGCUAUAUUGUGUGUUUGUGUAUGUUUUGCUUUUGAUAAUGCAAACCCAUAACUCACCAAAGCCUUCCAUUCUCAGUCUCGUAGAAAAGGCCCUGGGGUUGGCGACUACCCUUGCACUCAUUUUCUUGCUUUGCUUGAGACUGAUCUGCAUUCUACUCACAGCAGAUGCAGGUCUAAUGCUUGUAAUGUAACUAAUCCUUGUUCUGAGUGUCAUUCUGGGUCCUUGACCAGUGAAGGAUCUUUGCCAAGAUGAGGCAACAUAGGAAGAGACUGGAGGCAGCAUCUUGGAAGGGGAUUUUCCUCAGUCGAUGGAUGCUUCUCAGGCUCCUCCUUGUUCCAACUCUUCUUUGUCCAAACUUCCUCCAGUUACUUCUUCCUCUAUGGAUGAUUUUACCUUUUCUCAUUCUAUCAUGGCCUCGCCCUUGGAAGUUUUGGGAGAGGAGUCCGGAGAUAUCUCUUUUACUUCCCCCACACUCUGCCCCUUGAGGGAGGUAGCAGCACCACCUUGUUCUAUUGUUUCAGAUGCUGAUGCACAAAAGAUGACAGCUCCCAGACCUCCCG